CGGUAGCAGUUGAGAGCGACGCAUCUGUUCAAGCUGCCCCUACUUUCGUUACCAAUAUGCUGAACGCCCUCAGAGCUUAAGGAGGAGUUUGUUACCAUCAGGUGUCGCCAAGCGGCAAUUUGCUCACCGCGCGCCCACUCACGUGCUGAGCGGCCACCAUGGCUUCUUCCACGAUUAAACUAUUUGGAAGUUUGCCCCAACGACAGCGUGACUACAACAAGCAAGUCAAAGAAGCUUUCGAGAAAUAUGACUCCUUUGAACAAAUCAAAGAUAUGCCGGAAUUAUCGGACUUAGAUCGACAAUUUAAACUGGACCUCGCCAUUGCUUUCAAACACUCAGAAUACAUCCUGGCUGUUUUGCAGUCAGGUGAACCUCUUACCACAGAGAGAGUGAUCCAAAAGUGCUCCUGGCUAUAUGACGAUGAGUUUUCAACAAUCAUCGAACCUGACUAUUUGGACAAGCACAUAUUCAACUCCAUGUCAAUGAAAAUGAUAGGCAAACUACUUUCGGAAAUAUCUUCGCGAGUUAAAAAUAAGAGCCGUCUAAAUUCUUUCUACGAAUAUUGCAAAAGUAACUGUGUUAAUAAAAAUGCGGUUAUACGAAAAUGUAACCAUUUAUACGAGCAUUCCCAUAAAAAAUACUUAGAUUUACUUGAAAAAUAUGAAGAUGCUCUCACAGCCUGUGCUUGUAAUCUGAGCAGAAAAAUGACAAAAAUUAUUUUGUCAAAACACCAUCGGAGAAUACAGAAAAAACCGAGUCUCUAUAUAAAGAUACUCAAUUCUACAAUAUUAGCAAAGUCUAUAACACAUUUGGCAUUGGUCACUGAAAAUGUCCAUUUAGAAACAUAUUCAGGGAGAGAUUUAGUUGUUUAUGGAAUUUUCCAAUUAAGUGACGAAAGUACCAAAAUUAAAUUCUUGGAAAACUACGCGCCUCAAAAGCCCUCUAACGAGGAAGAACCCAACACAUUGAAUACGCAGAAGGCUAUCAUCCGAUUUUCAACUUACUCGCCACCAAAACAACUUUUUCAUCUCAUGAUGUACAUCACUGAUGACGUCGCCGUGGGCGAGGGCCUAAGCAAGCACAACACAGCGCGCAGGGCACGCGAGUCGCCGCGCUGCUGUGACAUCAGCGUGUAG